AUGAAAGCUACAAUGCUUGUUGCACAGAGUAUUCAACUGGGCAUAAAUGAUGUUGUUGUAGCUGGUGGUAUGGAAAACAUGUCUAAUGUACCUAAGUACUUGGCAGAAGCAAGAAAAGGAUCUCGCCUUGGACACAACUCACUAGUUGAUGGGAUGUUGAAGGAUGGUUUGUGGGAUGUCUAUAAGGAUGUUGGUAUGGGAGUGUGCGUUGAACUCUGUGCAGAUAACCAUUCAAUAACUAUAGAAGACCAAGAUAAUUUUGCAGUUCAGAGUUUUGAACGUGGAAUUGCUGCUCAAGAAAGUGGUUCCUUUGCUUGGGAAAUCUCUUUAUCUGUGAAAUACUAA